GUUUACUGUCCCGUCGGUAUUCUAAAUCCAUUCACGUAUUUAAUUGACACGUGACAUUGGUCAAAGUCAACUCCAAGUAUUUAACGGUUUAUAGAUGCACGAUUUUUGAUCCCGUUUUUCACAUGAACGGGACCAGUAAAAAUCUCACCUACUAAGUUGUACGCACAUCACAAGAUUAUAUAUUGCACAACAACAGUUACAUUCAUUGUCUACAAGCAAAUGAAUUCUUUUGGAGUUCAUAAAGUGGCAUCAUCAUCCAUGACCAUAACAUUACUUGUUCUAGCUUUCACCUUACAAUGCUGCUUUACAGAUAGCUUUUCUCAUCCACUAGACCCUCUCAACCCAUCUGAAAUAAACCAAAUAAAGCUUAUAGUUGAAAAAUCUAAACUUGGUACUCUUCCUAACCUAACCUUUCACUAUCUUGACAUUGAUGAACCAGAGAAAAUAGAUGUUCUCAAGUUUCUAUCUUCAAGGUCUGAUCAUUCUCUUCCUCGCCGAGCAAAGGCGGUCGUUCGCGCGGGAGGUGAGACUCAUGAACUCCUUGUGGACUUAACCACUGCCUCUAUAGCAUCAGAUCGCGUUACAACAGGCCAUGGUUACCCUCCAUUCACGUUCAUCGAGCUUUUUCGAGCUAGCAAGUUGCCAUUGAAUUAUCCAGAAUUCAAACACUCUAUUUCAAAAAGAGGCCUAAAUUUGUCUGAAGUUUCUUGCAUACCAUUCACAGUUGGUUGGUAUGGUGAACAUGUCACAAAAAGAGCACUCAAAGUUGUAUGCUACUACAGAGGAGGAUCAAUCAAUGUCUUUGCAAGGCCUAUUGAGGGAAUUAGCAUGUUUGUUGACGUUGAUUCGAUGCAAAUUACAUCAUAUUCAGACAGAUUCAGAGCACCAUUGCCUAAAGCCGAGCGCACUGAUUUUCGAUCAACAUCGACAGAGAAGCCUAAUUUAGUCACCUGCAACAAAUCUGAUAGAGGCUUCACCAUUGAUGGUCAUGUGGUUAGAUGGGCUAAUUGGGUCUUCCAUCUAUCAUUCGACGCUCGCGCAGGGAUUGUAAUCUCAACAGCCUCAAUAUUUGAUGCCAGAAUGAAGAAAAAUAGACAAGUGCUCUACAGAGGUCAUGCAUCUGAAACAUUUGUUCCAUAUAUGGAUCCUACAAAUGAAUGGUACUUUAGGACAUUCAUGGACAUUGGCGAAUUCGGGUUCGGAAGAUCAGCUGAUACGCUCCAGCCUUUGAUUGAUUGCCCUGGAAAUGCUGUGUAUUUAGAUGGGUAUGUUGCAGGUCCAGAUGGGGGAGCACAGAAGAUGGCUAACGUGAUCUGCAUUUUUGAGAGAUAUGGUGGUGCUAUUGCUUGGAGACAUACUGAAAUUAAUGUGCCAGGAAAUGUGAUAAGAAGUGGAGAACCUGAAAUCACUUUGGUGGUUAGGAUGGUUGCCACAGUUGGAAAUUAUGACUACAUCCUUGAUUGGGAGUUCAAACGAAGUGGUUCCAUCAACAUUGGUGUGGAUUUGACGGGUAUUCUAGAAAUGAAAGCCACGUCAUACACAACUAUCGACCAAAUUACAAAUGACGUUUACGGUACCUUGGUGACGGAGAACGCCGUGGCCGUUAACCACGACCACUACCUCACGUACUACUUGGAUCUUGACGUUGACGGCGACCGCAACUCAUUCGUGAAAGCCAAACUACAGACGACAAGAGCAGCGGCGGUUGACCCCAAAACACCGAGAAAAAGUUACUGGACGGUGGUCAAAGAGGUGGCAAAAACAGAGGCGGAGGCCAGGAUUCGACUCGGCUUGGAGCCUGCAGCCGAGCUUUUAGUUGUGAAUCCUAAUAGGAAGACGAGGCUUGGGAAUCAAGUGGGUUACCGGCUGAUUACUGGACAACCGGCUUCGUCUCUUCUGUCUGAAGACGAUUAUCCGCAGAUUAGGGCAGAUUAUACAAAGUAUCAAGUGUGGGUGACUGCCCAUAACAAGUCAGAGAGAUGGGCCGGAGGGUUUUAUGCGGAUAGGAGCCGAGGAGAUGAUGGGCUUUCCGUAUGGGCCCAAAGGAAUAGAGAGAUUGAGAACAAAGAUAUAGUGCUAUGGUACACCAUUGGGUUCCAUCACAGUCCAUACCAGGAAGAUUUCCCAGUGAUGCCAACACUUCAUGGUGGAUUCGAGCUUCGGCCGGCAAACUUUUUCGAAAGCAAUCCAUUGUUGAAGCAGGAGUAAGAGUUCAUAUUUAUGCAGACAAAAACACAAUUGAUACACUGCGACUUUUUAUUUUCCAUUAACAGCUCAAUCUCUGUAGUUUAAUGAACUAAUUAUUUGUGUAAAAUUUGGUGUAAUGAAAUGCUGCACUAGAGUCUGAUAGUACAAUUAUCUUCUUUUCAUAUUGUCCGCU